AUGACCAUUAUUUCUUUAAGAGGAUUGUGCUUCUGUUGGAGGAUUAUUGCUGCUGUCAUAUCGCCAUAUGAUCUAAAGUCUGAUUUGCAUUCAGAGUUAUUCACUCAAAUGAAGUUUUACCAUACAAUUAUUUUUACUUUUUCUUUUUCGAUUUCUUCAUUGAAAAUCAUUCUUUUACUCUUCACCUUCUUUCAUUGCUUCCACUUUACUCCUCAUUCACUUCUUUCUUUUUUUUCUUACCCACGUCAUCUCUCGAUUCUUUCUUUCGUCUCAAAAAACCUCCUCUCUCACUACCCAUCUAUCUAUCUAUCUAUCUAUCUAUCUAUCUAUCUAUUUUAUCAGGCCUCGAUCAUCGCACCAGGGCCUCGACCCUUGCACCAUGGGCUUGACCCUCACACCAUGUCCUCGACCCUCGCACCAUGGCCUCGACCCUCACACCAGGGCCUCAACCCCACACCCAUGGCCAUGACCCUCACACCAGGGCCUCGACCCUCGACCCUCGCACCAGGGCCUCUACCCUCGCACCAUGGCCUCGACUCUCACACCAUGGCCUCGACCCUCACACCAUGGCCGCGACCCUCACACCAGGGCCUCGACCCUCGACCCUCGCACCAGGGCCUCUACCCUCGCACCAUGGCCUCGACUCUCACACCAUGGCCUCGACCCUCGCACCAUGUCCUCGACUCUCACACCAUGGCCUCGACCCUCACAGAGUCGCAAGAAGAGAAGUGGGUAUUGCAGUGCAUCGUUGGACCGGUGCGUUUCACUGAUUCUUCGGAGCCCACUGCCGCGCGAUUCGAUAACAAUGUCACGUCUGUUGUGCUGAUCAUCGCUGACAAUGAGGGAAACUUGCGGGAGCAUUGUAACGAUGUUCAUGCUCUCCCUGAGGCCGUUUGUCAGCAUCAAUUACAAUAA